CAUCCCCAUUUAGCUUGGCAUUAUUUAUAUGCUAUUUAUAUGUCUUGUUGAUGUUAAUUUAUGUUUUAUGGGAUGAAUUAAGACUGGAUGAACAAUAAUUCAGUAGCUAUCCGUUUAAGAUUGGUGACCCUUUAAGUAUAGUAUUGAUCGGGCACUGAGUAUAAAAGCGUUAGGAUAACUUUCUAACUGGCUAUUGAAAUAAACACAGGGCAUUUGGUCAAUAAAAGUUCCAGACUUGAAACAGAUUGGAUUUGUUCCUUCUAAAAAGUAAUAUAAAUGGAAUUUGAUCAAACAAGCUUUCAACUUUAAGCUUUAAUUUGCAGCAAGUGUCUAUACAUGAAAAAGCUCACUUUAUUUGCAAAGAAGAAUGUUUUAAAUUUAGACUUGUGAAAGAAGAAUGUUGACAAACCAAAGUUUAGCAAAAACAGAGGUCAAUUGAAGGCAUAUUUGCAAAGAAGAAAUGACCAACAACUUUAAACUUUAAUUACAUCCAUGGAAAUAACUACAACGCUUAUAUAAUUUUAAAAAGGAAGAAAACAUUGGUCGUUAAAUAAACGUGAACAUCUUGUGUUGAAUCAUAUUUGAGGAAAAUAGGAAAAAUAAAAUCGACGAAAAUGAGUCUAGCUUGUAUGGGAUGGCUAAAGAAGAAGUGUCGAAAAGGGAAGAAAGGUGAAUGUAGGGACUGUGAGAUGGUUCAACAGCUCAGUCUCAGUCAUCGACUGAAAGAAAGGGACAUAAUUCUUCGGAACUCUCAUCUGAAAUUCGGCUUUAAGGAUUGCCGGUUGUACGCUGUGUGGACGUGGCUGCCCAAUCGGUUCUCGGUGUGUCAGCCUGAGUUACUGUACACUACAGAGGAACACGGAACCAGCCUGGUUACCCUGUACCAGCGGGUGGAGAACCAUCAACCAACUGUCAUAGUCAUCAAAACUACCAAUGAUGAGAUAUUUGGUGCGUUCUGCUCGGCUGACUGGAGCGAUCGCAGGCAGAAGAGUUCGCUGCUGUCCUACUUCGGGACGGGCGAAACAUUUAUUUUCACACUGUACCCUAUCAAACAGAAGUACGAGUGGGUGGGGCUGAAGGACGAGAACAUACCAAACACCGCAAACAUGUUCCAGGCGGGAGACAACUCCAUCUUGACUAUUGGAGGAGGGCACGGGGAGGCCAUAUUCCUUGACGAGAACUUACUCCACUGUCGCAGUGAGAAGUGUGACACAUUUAACAAUGAGCCGCUAAGUCAAAGUGAGGACUUCAAGUGCAAGGUUGUCGAGGUGUACGGUCUCUCGUAGAGUUUUCUAGGACUUCAAAUGGAAAGUUGUCAAGGUUUAUGGACUAUCCUAGAGUUUUUGAGGAUUCCAGUAGAGUUUUAGGACUGCAGUAGAGUUUUGAGAACUUUAGUUUAGUUUUGAAGGACUUCAGUUAAGUUUCAAGGACUUCAGUACAGUUUUCAAGGACUGCUGUAGAGUUUUCAAGGCCUGAAGUAGAGUUUUCAAGGACUUCAGAUGAGUUUUCAAGGAGUGCAGUAGAGUUUUCAAGGACUUCAGUAGAGUCUUCAAGGACUUCAAAUGCAAAGUUGUUGAGGUUUGCAGACUCUAGUAGAGUUUUCAAGGUCUGAAAAUGCAAAUUUAUAGAGAUUUGUAGACUCUGUAGAGGUUUGAAGGACUUUAAGUGCAAAGUUUUGAGGUUCAUAGACUCUUGUAGAGUUGUCAAGGUCUUUAAAUUCAAAGUUUUGAGGUUUAUGGACUCAUGAAGAGAUUUCAAGGACUUAAAGUUGUUGAGGUUUAAUUAGGUGUAACUUCAUUCCAAAACUGUUUAGGUUUAUAAAUUCUCAUGCAAUUCAGAUGCAAAGGUGUCCAUAGAAUGCUAUCUAUCCUGCCUACGUUCUUGAAGAGGCCUGUCCAUAGAAUGUGAUCUAUCCUGCCUACUUUCUUGAAAAGGCGUGUCCUUAGAUUGUGAUCUAACCUGCUUAUGUUCUUGAAGAGGUGUGACAGAAACUGGAUACAAACAAAACUGGUUGCUUCAGUAUGAUGUCAUUAAUGUUCUUCGCUUCAAAUGUUAACUUUAACAGAAUAAAUCGUCCCAAGUGGAACAAUUCAUAUUGUCACAGUUCAAUGAUUGCAUUUAUUUUUAAGGUCAGGAUUUAUUGACCUUUGUUUUAAAUUACAUAAGGCUAAAGCCUUUUGAUUGGAGGUUCUCUUUCACUCUCAAAUAAUUCGAUCAACAAUAAUUCCCACUGUACCCUGUUUACAACAAUGCAUCGGUUGGGGAUAAAAUGCUUCUUGUGAUAGCUUCUUGUUUGAAUGAUUUGUGACCUUAAUUGUUUAAGAAACAAUAUAUUUUGCCAAACUGACGAGUUCUGUGUUUUACUUAGAAGAUAUUUGUUCCUAUGUUUAACUUGGGGUAUUUAUUUUCCCUGUAACAUUUGAUGCAUGUAUUGUUUUAUACUCUUAACAUUCUGUACAAAUCAAUUAUCGUGACAUUCCUGUAGGUUUGGAGAUUAUUAAGUUAUAUGUUAUAAAGCUGACAAUUUAUUAUUUGCAAAUAUGUGUAAUGCGCACCAACUUUUUAAAAUUAAAAUUUCAGGUAAAAAACUGCACAUAAUACAUUGUUAAGUAUGAAUGAGCUAAGACUGUGUCUGCAUGUAGUGUUUCUUACUAAAUGUGUGCAAUAAUAUGAGGUCUGUUGCUUUCUCUUUAAAGUUCAACUUUAGGUUGAGAAUAUAGAUUAUGGUAAAAACAUUGAAGCAACUGUAUAAAGUGUGGUCUAAAAUCAGUAUUUAAAAAACCUGGUCUGUCUGGUCCAUGAUUGCCUUUCUGUAUGACAGUUAUAGCCAAGUAAGACUGUUAAAGUACUUAUAUUUGUUGACAUGAUUUUUCAACUAAAUGUCUUUGUCCAAAAAUUGUUUUGCAUUAAGCCUGUAAAACUAAGAAUAUUAAAGGCAGUGCAGUGUGUUAUUGAGGAUAUCAUAAUGUUUUUGACAGAGCAAUAAUUUGCCUUGAAAUAAUUUACUUUCAUUGAAGUCUGUAUGUGUUUAGUGGUUGGCUGUCUUUAAACUAUGCAGUUAUCAUAAUCAUCAUUUUUCCAUAAUGUGCAAUUGUGUUUUUAGGGCAUUUUUAUAGGGUUUUAUUUAUUUUAAACCAAAAUGGUUAAAUAUCUUAUGAGAUUUUAAUGGUCUGCUUUAAAGCUAUCGGCGCAUUUUGGAAACAGAUGAGAAUUUUCCAGAACGAUGCCAAUAAAUCUCAAUUCUGUUUCAUUUUAAAUGUAAGGGCAUGAAAGUUUUUAUGGUAGAUAACGUCUUGGUAAUAAUUUUCCAGGGAAAAAACUAAAAUUACCUCAAAAUGCUUUUGUUUUGUUUUAAAUUUUAAUUUAAGGUGUUUUCAGAGUUAAAUUAUACCAUAAGAAUAUUUUAUUUCAUUUCAUUUUUUACCUCUGUUAACAACAUUUAAUCUGAUAUUACUAUCUGUUUAAUGUACAAUAAGAAUUGAACAAAAAACGAUUGUAUGCAUGUUUUCAUUUCAGUACAGAUAAUAGUGGUGUUUCUUAUAGCUGGAAAGUUUUGAGUUUCAUGUUGUUUAUAUUAUGUCCUACUAUUCAUUUAAUUUCAUUUGAUUUAAUGUGAUAUAAUGUUACCAUUUAUUAUUAAACUAAAUAUCAAUUCCUUCUAAAGUGGAUGUGAUAUUUAUUUGUGUAAACUUAUGUUUAAAUAAUAACAAACUGUUUGUGCUUUAGCUAAUCAUUUUCCCCCAAGGACAACUGUUAUUAUUUGAUUGAUACACCCAGUGUUUGAAACCCUUUGGAAAACAAUUAAUCCUCAAUUUAAAAUAAGUCUUAUGAACUUUAAAAGUGUUAUUGUAAACACAUUCCCUGGGUUUGGAAUAAAUCAGUGUUUUUUUACCUGUAAGGUCAUGUUUCCAUUCCGCAUAUAUUGCAAUAUUUAUUUAUAUGGUGAAUACUCUUUAGCAUUUAAUUACUCUAAACUUCUCAAGGACUUAAACCGAAUGAACCCUCAUGAAACUUGAAAAAAGAGAUUUUAUUUGUCUUAGUCUCCCAUACUGAUUGCCCAUGUUUUAUGAUAAAAUAUCAUUUUUGUCUGAACAUAAGUCAAUAUGUUUUUCCUCUUAUGUAAUUGUAAUAAAGUUAAUUAAUGAUUAAGUUCACAACUCCAGCCUUACUUAUUAUGCCCCCCCCCCCUUCGAAGAAGAGGGGGUAUAUUGUUUUGCACAUGUUGGUUGGUCGGUCGUUCUGUCCAUCUGUCUGUCCACCAAAUGGUUUCCGGAUGAUAUCUCAAAAACGCUUACGCCUAGGAUCAUGAAACUUCAUAGGUACAUUGAUCAUGACUCGCAGAUGACCCCUAUUGAUUUCAGGUCACUAGGUCAAAGGUCAAA